AAAGGAUUCGUCAGUUAGUAUGUUAUUGCUUGUAUUAUUCUGUGGGAUAUUUCUCCAAAACGUUUCAGAAAGUCAACAGAUUGCAGGAUGUGAGAGAAACCCUGUUGGGAUACAGUACAGGUCAGCCAUUCCUGACAGCAGUUUAACAGCAUCCUCUUAUUAUGAUUCACGUUUUAAACCAAUAUAUGGUAGACUACACGGCUCACUUGGAUGGGCACCCAGUACAGUAGACAACGAUCAAGAUUACCUGCAGAUUGACCUUGGUCGGUUAAUUGAAGUGUGUGGUGUAGCAACACAAGGUGGUAGAUAUUAUAACGAAUGGGUGACGCAAUACAAGCUUCAUUUGUCAAAGCGUGGUGCUUUUUGGGAUACAUACCAAGAAAAUGGAACGGAAAAGAUGUUUCAAGGUAACAGUGAUAUGUCAACUGUUGAGAUACGUUGCUUACAGAACCUACAGUCAGCGAGAUACAUCCGGUUUGUACCGACAGCUUACCACAUUCAUAAAACGAUGCGUGUAGAGGUUUUUACUUCGUAUCUCGACGGACCCGACAUCGUUCCACAUCAAAGGUCGUUACAGAUGACUUGGAGAAUUAUGGAUAAAGUACAAGUAGUAUCAUACUUGAUGGAGUUUAAGAACAAAAGUAGGAUAGAAAGCUUGAAUUUAUCAAAUGACACAAUGGAAUACAACUUAACUAGUCUAAAGCCCUACACUGAGUACAGUGUUCGACUAAAAGGGAUGUUAAGGAGUGAUGGAGCUGGAGUAUGGAGCAACUGGAUCAAUGCCAAAACUAUUGCUGCUGAAGUUCCAGAAUGUUCCCCAGUGAUCACAAACAUACAAGUUGUAUCAUCUACGAGCAUCUCUAUGGCUUGGCAACAGGACCCCACAUGUUUAAACGGUAUAUUACGAGGUUAUAUCAUCCAGUACAGUCUACUUGAUAACAGCACAGUACAGUCUAUCAAUAUCACAGAUGAUCGCUUGUCUACCAGUAGGAAUGUGUCAGGACUUCAGAAAUACACCAGUUAUAGCUUUAGAAUCCUGGCCUAUACUAUUGGGGAAGGACCACUGAGUAAUGCCUCCUUCAUCAGAACUGCUGAAGACGUUCCAGAAUGUUCUCCAGCGAUCACAAACAUACAAGUUGUAUCAUCUACGAGCAUCUCUAUGGCUUGGCAACAGGACCCCACUUGUUUAAACGGUAUAUUACGAGGUUAUAUCAUCCAGUACAGUCUACUUGGUAACAGCACAGCACAGUCUAUCAAUAUCACAGAUGAUCGCUUGUCUACCAGUAGGAAUGUGUCAGGACUUCAGAAAUACACCAAAUAUGGUUUUACAAUUCAGGCCUAUACUAUUAGAGAAGGACCACUGAGUAAUGCCUCCUUCAUCAGAACUGCUGAAGACGUUCCAGAAUGUUCUCCUGUCAUCACAAACAUACAAGCUGUAUCAUCUACGAGCGUCUCUAUGGCUUGGCAGCAGGACCCCACAUGUUUAAACGGUAUAUUACGAGGUUAUAUCAUCCAGUACAGCCUACUUGGUAACAGCACAGUACAGUCUAUCAAUAUCACAGAUGAUCGCUUGUCUACCAGUAGGAAUGUGUCAGGACUUCAGAAAUACACCAUUUAUAGCUUUAGAAUCCUGGCCUAUACUAUUGGAGAAGGACCACUGAGUAAUGUUUCCAUCAUGAGAACUGCUGAAGACGUUCCAGAAUGUUCUCCUGUCAUCACAAAAAUACAAGCUGUAUCCUCUACGAGCAUCUCUAUGGCUUGGCAACAGGACCCCACGUGUUUAAACGGUAUAUUACGAGGUUAUAUCAUCCAGUACAGUCUACUUGGUAACAGCACAGUACAGUCUAUCAAUAUCACAGAUGAUCGCUUGUCUACCAGUAGGAAUGUGUCAGGACUUCGUAAAUACACCAAUUAUAGCUUUAGAAUGCUGGCCUAUACUAUUGGAGAAGGGCCACUGAGUAAUGCCUUCGUAAUCAGAACGGCUGAAGACGCUCCCAAUUGCUCUCCAGAACUCAAGUCUACUCAUGUUCUUUCUUCAACAAUCAUUCGAGUAAGUUGGAAUCGACUAUCAAGGUUACCUUGUAUCAAUGGAAUUGUACGUGGAUAUAAAAUAAAAUAUCAACAGAAUGGAAAGGAUAUAACAACAUUUCAUAUCAAUUACAAUGGCACAACUACAGCAGACAUCGUUGGAUUAAAGAAAUUUUCGUGGUAUACUUUUCAUGUCUCGGCGUACACUGUCAAAGAUGGGCCGCUAAGUAAGGAAUCAUUGUCAGCAAGAACACAAGAAGAUGCUCCCUCUGCCCCAGUGAAUGUUAAUCGCACUUUGUUACCCGCUAAUGGAUCCCUUGGACCGCGUGUUGAAAUUAGAUGGGAUGAACCUCGUGAAAAAAAUGGUGUGAUCCRGAAAUACUCACUAGUYUACUUCUACAACAAAGAUAACGCUACGGAAAAGAAAUAUGAAAUCAUACCAGAUGGAGGAMAGCGYACAUACUUCCAUACCAUUGAUGUUAUYGGRGAAACAACUUUCUCGUUCAAAGUMAAUGCGUACACCAAUAAAGAUGGGCCUUAUCASGAUGGAGAAGACCUGGUUGUUCCUGCUUACCCACCAGGUUUUCCUCCUGCAAACACAWCAGUGAAUAGGAUAAACGAUUCGACAUUCGUUUUACAUUGGAASAGUCUGCCUCUAAGCCUUAGUUACGGUAUUAUAACUAAACAUCAAGUAAAAUGGAGACUUCUAUGCCAACAUCCUGAGAUAAAAGAGUUUUUACCCUGUCAGACUAAAACGGACAUCGYUUCAAGUCAAAACAACCAAUAUACAAUCCCUAAUCUUUUGGUGUGUGGACGUUAUGAUGUAUCAGUAAGAGCGUAUACAAGUGCUGGGCCUGGGCCAUACAGUCCACCAAUCAUUAUGUAUAUAUGUAGAGGUAGCUCAGAUGGUAAAGGGAACAUCUAAUGUCUCAGGUUGUGACAGAAACCCAGUUGGGAUACAGUACAGGUCAGUCAUUCCUGRCAGCAGUUUAACAGCAUCCUCUUCUUACAAUGCACAACUUGGGCCAAAAAAUGGCAGACUAUAUGGAAAUGGAUGGGCAGCCU